AUGAAGGCACACUACUUUCCAUCCAAGGCGCUAUCCCAGGCACUACUUUCCAUCCACGGUGCUAUCCCAGGCACGACUCUCCAUCCACGACCGUAUCACAGGCACUACUUUCCAACCACUGCGCUAUCCCAGGCACUACUCUCCAUCCACGACCAUAUCGCAGGCACUACUUUCCAACCACGGCGCAAGGCCAGGCACUACUUUCCAUGUCACCCUCUGUAUAUAAUCCCUGUACUCUGUGUUACGCCCUGUAUAUAAUCCCUGCACUCUGUGUUACGCUCUGUAUAGGAUCCCUCGUCUCCGUGUCACGCUCCGUCUUACACUCUCUGUAUUACGCUCUGGGUAUAAUACUUGCUCUCUAUAUUGUACUCGCUGUCUCUGUGUUACGCCCUGUCGCCGUAUUACGCCCCCUGUCGCCGUAUUACGCCCCCUGUCGCCGUAUUACGGAGUAUAAUACCUGCUCUCUGUAUUGUACUCGCUGUCUCCGUAUUACGUUCUGGGUAUAAUACCUGCUCUCUGUAUUGUACUCGCUGUCUCCGUAUUACGUUCUGGGUAUAAUACCUGUCUCCGUAUUACGCUCUGGGUAUAAUACCCUCUCUCUGUAUUGUACUCGCUUGUCUCCGUAUUACGCUCUGGGUAUAAUACCUGCUCUCUGUAUUGUACUCGCUGUCUGCGUAUUACGCUCUGUCUCUGUAUUGUACUCGCUGUCUCCGUAUUACGCUCUGUCUCUGUAUUGUACUCGCUGUCUCCGUAUUACGCUCUGGGUAUAAUACCCGCUCUCUGUAUUGUACUCGCUGUCUCCGUAUUACGCUCUGGGUAUAAUACCCGCUCUCUGUAUUGUACUCGCUGUCUCCGUAUUACGCUCUGGGUAUAAUACCCGCUCUCUGUAUUGUACUCGCUGUCUCCGUAUUACGCUCUGGGUAUAAUACCCGCUCUCUGUAUUGUACUCGCUGUCUCCGUAUUACGCUCUGGGUAUAAUACCCGCUCUCUGUAUUGUACUCGCUGUCUCCGUAUUACGCUCUGGGUAUAAUACCCGCUCUCUGUAUUGUACUCGCUGUCUCCGUAUUACGCUCUGGGUAUAAUACCCGCUCUCUGUAUUGUACUCGCUGUCUCCGUAUUACGCUCUGGGUAUAAUACCCGCUCUCUGUAUUGUACUCGCUGUCUCCGUAUUACGCUCUGGGUAUAAUACCCGCUCUCUGGAUUGUACUCGCUGUCUCCGUAUUACGCUCUGGGUAUAAUACCCGCUCUCUGGAUUGUACUCGCUGUCUCCGUAUUACGCUCUGGGUAUAAUACCCGCUCUCUGUAUUGUACUCGCUGUCUCUCCGUGUGCAGCUCUGUCUCUGUAGUAUUUUCGGCUGUCUCGUGCGGCUCUGUCUGUAUUGGCCACUGCGGCUGUCUCUGUAUUGCGCUCUGGGUAUAAUACCUGCUCUCUGUAUUGUACUUUCGCUGUGUCUCAAGUAAUGCAGCUCUGGGUAUAAUACCUGCUCUGUAUUGUACUCGCUGUCUCUGUAUUACGCUCUGGGUAUAAUACCUGCUCUCUGUAUUGAACUCGCUGUCUCCGUAUUACGCUCUGGGUAUAAUACCUGCUCUCUGUAUUGUACUCGCUGUCUCCGUAUUACGCUCUGGGUAUAAUACCUGCUCUCUGUAUUGUACUCGCUGUCUCCGUAUUACGCUCUGGGUAUAAUACCUGCUCUCUGUAUUGUACUCGCUGUCUCCGUAUUACGCUCUGGGUAUAAUACCUGCUCUCUGUAUUGUACUCGCUGUCUCCGUAUUACGCUCUGGGUAUAAUACCUGCUCUCUGUAUUGUACUCGCUGUCUCCGUAUUACGCUCUGGGUAUAAUACCCGCUCUCUGGAUUGUACUCGCUGUCUCCGUAUUACGCUCUGUCUCUGUAUUGUACUCGCUGUCUCCGUAUUACGUUCUGGGUAUAAUACCUGCUCUCUGUAUUGUACUCGCUGUCUCCGUAUUACGUUCUGGGUAUAAUACCCGCUCUCUGUAUUGUACUCACUGUCUCCGUAUUACGUUCUGGGUAUAAUACCUGCUCUCUGUAUUGUACUCGCUGUCUCCGUAUUACGCUCUGGGUAUAAUACCCGCUCUCUGUAUUGUUCUCACUGUCUCCGUAUUACGCUCUGUCUCUGUAUUGUACUCACUGUCUCCGUAUUACGCUCUGUCUCUGUAUUGUACUCGCUGUCUCCGUAUUACGCUCUGUCUCUGUAUUGUACUCACUGUCUCCGUAUUGCGCUCUGGGUUCUCUCCCGUCACGUGUCAGUUCCUGUCGUCGCUCGGUGAUGACGUAUUUCGUUGCUAGGAGACAGCGGAAGUUGUUUCCCGAGUUCGGCUUCCUCUUCGGUGACGUCAUCUCGCUGGUGGACCGUUACAGGAGGCGCCACAUCCGGCUACAAACCCGGGACCGAGAGAGUCAGAGACAGAGAGAGACAGACAGACUGAGAGUCAAACAGAGACAGAGAGAGAGAGAGUCAGAGUCAGAGAGACUGAGACACUGAGAGAGAGAGUCAGAGAGACUGAGAGUCAGACAGACUGAGACACUGAGAGAGAGAGAGAGAGAGAGAGAGACUGACUGACUCAGAGACACACUGAGAGAGACUGAGACAGACAGAGAGAGAAACUGAGAGACAGACAGAGACAGAGAGAGUCAGACAGAGAGAGAGAGUCAGAGAGACUGAGACAGAGAGAGAGUCAGAGAGAGAGAGAGAGAGAGAGAGAGAGAUUUACUGACUGAGAGAGAGUCAGAGAGAGAGAGAUAGAUUUACUGACUGAGAGAGUCAGAGACACACUGAGAGAGACUGAGAGAGAGAGAGAGAGAGACAGACACAGACUGAGACAGUGAGAGACAGACAGACUGAGAGUCAGACUGAGACAGAGAGAGAAACUGAGAGACAGAGAGACAGACUGAGAGAGAGACAGACUGAGAGAGUCAGAGAGACAGACUGAGACAGAGAGAGAGACUGAGAGAGAGAGUCAGAGAGACAGAGAGAGAGAUUUACUGACUGAGAGAGAGUCAGAGACGGAGUGUGAGACAGAGAGACAGACACACAGCCUGGGAGAGACAGACUGACUGAGUGACUCUUACAGAGAGACAUCCUGAGAGACUUUAACAGUGAGAGAGACAACCUCACUGACAGAGAGAAACCAGCCGACAGCAUCACACUGAGAGACAGACUGAACUGCAGUCAGACACUUACCCAGAGAGUGACUGGUGAGUAUAAUAUGUAAUUUAUAUACCCAAAUAUAAUCAUACCGUAAUAUACCCAGAGACCCCGAUUGUAAUAUACCCAGAGACCCCCGAUUAUAAUAUAAUAAUGUAAUAUUCCCAGAGACCUGCGGCUGUCUUCUAAUAGCAUACUAUAGCCGGAGACUGGCGGCUGUGAUCUAAUGGCAUUAUACCCGGAGACCGAUAGCUGUGAUCUAAUAAUGUAAUAUACCCAGAGACCGAUGGCUGUGAUCUAAUAACGUAAUAUACCCAGAGACCGAUGGCUGUGAUCUAAUAACGUAAUAUACCCAGAGACCGAUGGCUGUGAUCUAAUAACGUAAUAUGCCCAGAGACCAAUGGCUGUGAUCUAAUAACGUAAUAUACCCAGAGACCGAUGGCUGUGAUCUAAUAACGUAAUAUACCCAGAGACCGAUGGCUGUGAUCUAAUAACGUAAUAUACCCAGAGACCAAUGGCUGUGAUCUAAUAAUGUAAUAUACCCAGAGACCGAUGGCUGUGAUCUAAUAACGUAAUAUACCCAGAGACCGAUGGCUGUGAUCUAAUAACGUAAUAUGCCCAGAGACCGAUGGCUGUGAUCUAAUAACGUAAUAUGCCCAGAGACCGAUGGCUGUGAUCUAAUAACGUAAUAUACCCAGAGACCGAUGGCUGUGAUCUAAUAACGUAAUAUGCCCAGAGACCGAUGGCUGUGAUUUAAUAACGUAAUAUGCCCAGAGACCGAUGGCUGUGAUCUAAUAACGUAAUAUGAAUACCAAUCCAAAGUUACCUCCUUUCACGGAGGGAUGUGUGUAUCAAGAAGUGCUUAAACGUAAAUAAGAACGGUUAAAAUGCAGCUCUAUACACUUAUGUGGAAAUAUCCUAUUUUCCACUAAACAAUAAUAUGAAAUACAGUGCGGUAUAAGUGACAAAGACCUACACCUAUAAGUGGGGCGCUCAAACAGAUAUAAAGCUUAACAAGCAUAACUUAUUUCAAUAGUAUGCUGUGAAGUACAUGCCAAUAAAAUACAAAAAACUAAAGAUACAAUAUAGUGCAGAUGGUAUUUUAAAAUUGCAAUUCUGAAAAUAAUGUAGCAAACAGAACACUCACAUUUUAAGGAGCCUGUGUAUAGAAACUGGCUCCGUAUUUAGGCUUGUGUGCUUAUUUUGGUAGCACAACCCUUUGACUUCGGCUUGGAGUAGUUCUCAUAAGUAAAACAUAAAAGGAGAACAAACCAAUGUGCAGACUGUGGCAAUAAACGAACGGAUGUAGAAUAAUAAAUGUGGUGCUCACCUGGUCCUGAAACUCUAUAGCUCCAGCUUACACAAGUCCCUUACAGGGAUAGGAACUAGACAGCUCACAGUGAGAAAUCUAGUUCCUAUCCGGCAAAAGGACCUUUAUAGCUCCAGCUCACACAGGUCCCUUACUGGGAUAGUAAUACCUAGUUCCUAUACUGCUAAGGGACCUCUAUACCUUCAGCUAACAAUGGUCCCUUACAGGAAUAGGAACUAGACAGCUCACAGUGAGAAAUCUAGUUCCUAUCCGGCAAAAGGACCUUUAUAGCUCCAGCUCACACAGGUCCCUUACUGGGAUAGUAAUACCUAGUUCCUAUACUGCUACGGGACCGCUAUACCUUCAGCUAACAAUGGCCCCUUACUGGGAUAGGAACUAGACAGCUCACAGUGAGAAAUCUAGUUCCUAUCCGGCAAAAGGACCUUUAUAGCUCCAGGUCACACAGGUCGCUUACUGGGAUAGUAAUACCUAGUUCCUAUACUGCUAAAGGACCGCUAUACCUUC